AAAAUAAAGUUACUGUUUCACCUAUAUCGAAACUGAAGUCGUUCUCAGGAAUUGAAACUGAUAUGAAUCUUUUGAAAUGAGGCCAGAUCUGCUGCAUACAAUAUCCCACAGGGUUGCCAGUUUGUCAUUUAACAUUGUUUUCAACUCUAGUCACGCGAUCGCUAGAUUGUCCACCAGAUUCUCCAAGAGAUUGCAGUAAGGUAGAAAUAUUGUGUGAAAUGCAAACAAUCCACUCUUGAUCAUCCACCAUCUAACUUGAGUAUGUUUCGUGGAGCAUUUGGUUUCUUCAUUUCCUACCUCUUAUUUUCAAGCACAACUGCAACUUCAGGAGCAGCAAUGUUAGGAGGUCCCCCGGUUGUUGGAGCACUUGGAUUUACCACAAAGGGGAUAGCAGCGAAAUCUGUUGGAGCAUUAAUGAUGAAAGCCGCUGCAUUAUUCAAUAGGGGAUCAGUGCCUACAGGAAGUCUGGUGUCAAAACUUCAAAGUCUUGGGGCAAAAGCUGGGCUUUCUACCCUGGGUCCAAUUGGAGCUAGAACUGGAUAUGACUUCCAUAAAUACUUUGUGUGUGGAAAAAGUAAAAAGUCAUCCUCAAAAAACUAACAUCAGCAAGCAGGAAAAGGAAUUAGGUGUGCACAGUUUCAUUACAAAUAAAGUACACUGUAAAUUUCA